AGCCGCUGCAAUAAAGUCCUUCCGGGGGCGGGGUUUCUUUCUCUUUCGUGUCGGCCAUUACAGCAAGCGCGAGGUCCUUGUGACUGUAACCAAAAUUCAAAAUGCAGAACGACUCCGGUGAAUUUGUGGACUUGUACGUUCCUCGUAAAUGUUCUGCCAGCAACCGAAUCAUUGGCGCCAAGGACCAUGCCUCCAUCCAGAUGAAUGUUGCAGAGGUUGACAAGACAACAGGCAGAGUGACUGGCCAUUUCCAGACCUAUGCGAUCUGUGGCAGCAUUCGUAGGAUGGGUGAAUCUGAUGAUGCCAUUCUCAGGCUGGCAAAAAACGAUGGCAUUGUUUCAAAGAACUUCUAAAUGCGGAAACCUUUGAAAUGAACCUUUGUAGAGAAAAAUAAAAUGUU